GUUUGACCUAGUAAAUAAAAAAUUUAAUUGAAAUCAACGACUGGACUGUGCUAGUGACAGAAGUAGAUAAGAAUCUACUUUCCUUGUUUUUAUUUGCUCUUUGGUAUAAUUUUUAUAGUCUUUGGAGCACCGCUUUGAUCCUGUUUGGUGUUGGCAUUGGCAUUGACAUUAGAUUUGUAGACAGAAAAAUGAGAAAUGCAAAAUGAUGAGAUGAUUAAUUGAUGUCAAAGCUUUCUUUGGCCCUGCUCUAGACUUGAAAAAGAUAAUGUCUUUGUUGUCUGUCAGUCAACUUCAUCAUGUCGUAUGUUAUGUGUGUUGUCUGUUGUUUAAAUUUGAUUUUGUCUAAAAGGAAACCAACGUGUUUUGCACAGGUGUUUAUUUUGUCGUUUCAAAAAGAAGAGAAUAAAUUUAUUAGGUAGGUACUUCGGCGACUUGGCGCUUGUAAGGCUGUGGGAGAACCUAAUCUUUAUCAGAUAAAUUUUUAAUACUUCGUCCGAUAUAAGUUCAUCAGGUUCGACACAUUCAACCAGAGCAAGAGUGCAGCUUGCUCGGGCCGAAACCGAAGAGGUGCCGUACAGUAUUUAUCAGUAGGAUUAACAUAUAUCAUGGAUUUAAAUUUGCUGCAACAUAAAAUUGAUUUAAAUUAUGCAAACAAGAAACGUUCCAGUUCUCUGAAGUGGAGCAUCGUUAAUGGCGUGUUCCUGCUAGUGUUUGUGUAUGACCUGUCUUGCAAAUGCUCGGGCUACACCUCGCUGCUGCACUACGUGGAGCUGGCGCUGGCGGCCGUGGCGGGCGCCAACCUGCUGCAGCACGCGGCGCGGCUGCUGCGCGCCCCGCCGCGCGCGCCCCCGCCGCUGCCAGGUUCCCCAGUCCCGCCGGCGCAGGCCCCGCCGCCGGAGGGCAGCCCCGCGCUGUCGCUGUCCCCGCGCUGGCGGCCCGCGCGCUCCCCGCCGUCCCCGCCCGCGCCCGCGCCCGCCUCGCCCCGCCGCGGCGACCAUCCGCCUCGCGACGAGUUUAUUGCUGAUAGAAGAGUUCUAGAAGCUUAUCUUGGGCAGCAGCAGUCCCGGCAGCGAGCGGCCGCGGCCGGCGGCGCGUGGGGCGGCUCGUCGCCCACGGCCGCGCCGCCGCCCUACCAGCUGUCGGCCGUGGGCGGCGACGCGCUGGAGGACGCCGGGCCCGCGCCGGGCGCCGCGCCGCACGUGUGGCGCCGCCUCAACGUGGACCCGCAGCGCCUCACGCAGUACAACCUCAACCUGCGGCUGUGGAUCCACGUGACCAUCCUGGCGCGGCUGGCGCGCGAGCUGGACGCGGCCGACGCGGCGCUGGCGGCGCACGAGCUGCGGCCCGGCCACGCGCCGCUGGAGCGCCUGCGCGCCGCCGCGCCCGCGCACCCGCCGUUGCGCGCGCUGCUGCCCUUCCUCGAGCCGUUCCCCGACCAGAGCUACGUGGUGCGGCGGCUGCGCGCGCUGGCGGCGGGCGGCUGCCUCAGCGAGUACCGCUGGCGCGGCGGCGGGCCGGGCUGGCGGCGCGGGCUGCCGUGCGACGCCGAGCUGGUGCUGCACGUGGUGGCGGCCUACCUGGACCUGCAGCUGCCCGCGGGCGCGGCGCCGGCGGCGCGCGCGCCCGAGCCGCCGCGGCCCUUCUCGUCGCAGCACCUGUCGGCCGCGCCCGCGCCGCCGCCGCUGGGCCCGCGCUGCCUGGCCAUCCACCGCACGGCGCAGUGGCCGCCGCACUUCGUGCUGGCGCGCGGCGAGGACACGCUGGAGGCGGGCGCGGGCCGCAACAACCUGCUGCACGUGCUGCUGCUGUUCGUGGCGGCCGCGGCGCAGGCGGAGCCGCCGGCGCUGCAGCGCGUGCACCUGGGCCCGGCCGCGCUCAACAUGCUGUGGAUCAUCGGCCGCUGACUUAUGAUCAUAAAACUCGUGUCAGAACUUUAUAACAUGUGUGACAAUCUCCAGUAAAGUAAGACAUAAGUGCACAGAAAAUAAAUGUGAUAUUAAGUAAAAGCUGCAUAAACAUAAUUACACAAAAAGAAGUAAAACUAUUCUUCUUAAGUAAUUUGUGUGAUUUAUCAUGAAAUAUAAGUUGUGUCGCAAUAAA